CCAUUUUCCCCUUUUUCUCCCAGCCAAAUCAAUUCAACGGUGACAGAAGAAAAGCGCAGAGCAAGGUAAAUGGCUUCCGGUUUAUUCCUCAACUCGAUCCGGCCGGCGGUGGCCUGCGCGAGCGCCGUGGACGGCCGCGGCGGGCGGAGGGGCGUCCCCACUUCGCGGGCCAGCGGGAACAGCUGGUGGGCCCCGCUGUUCGGCUGGUCGCCGGAGGCCGACUACAUCGACGCUCCCGUGGCUGGAGCAGCAGCGGCCAAGAAGGGGGCGGCGGCGGAGGGUGACGAGCGGGAGAAGAAGAGGCAGCAGGCGGUGUCGGUCCGGAAGUUCACGGUGUUCACGGAGGAGAAGGCGAAGCAACUGCGGAUCCGGAUGAUGGAGACGGAGGCCUUCCACGACGCCAUGUACCACUCCGCCAUCGCCUCUCGCCUCGCCUCCGACGUUCCUCGCCGGGGAUCCGCUUGACCUCGUCGCGGCCGCCGAUCCAACCCGUCGACUUCGAUUUCGAACGAUUUCCCCAUUAUUGUAUAUAUCUCUAAAAAAAAAAAUUUAAAUAUUUCUUCUUCUAGAAGUCGAUUGCGGAAAUGCCUUAUUCUGGGAUUUAUAUAUUUAUUCCCAGAAAUAACAAGUGCCGUUUGAUUAAAACCGUACGGCUGGAUUGGAAGUGGUAUGUGCGGUUAUUUUGUAUGCAUUUUCAUUUCUCUUCGUAUGAAAAGUUAAAUUACCGAAA